AUGUUUGGUUUUCGUGACAACAUGGUAUUGGUGUCACAUGCUCCAAGGAAAGGAAAAAAUGUUCUGCUUAUAAGUACAAUGCACAAUGAUGCUAAAGUCGACGCCGAAACUCAAAAGCCCGAUAUAAUUUUGAGCUACAACGACACCAAGGGCGGCGUCGAUGUCGUAGAUCGUUUAUGUGCAAAUUAUAAUUGUGCUCGAGCAACAAAGCGAUGGCCUAUGGUUAUCUUCUACGCUAUGCUCAAUGUCAGUACCAUAAAUAGCCAGGUGAUACAUACAGCCAAUAAUCCAGACACAAAAUUACUACGUCGUAACUUUAUUGAGAAUUUGGCUAUGAAAUUAAUUGAGCCUCAUAUAAGGGACCGGCAAAACCAAUCAAAUUUACCACGAUCAAUAAAACUAAGAUUGUCGGAGAUUUUGCAUAUAAAUGAUGUGGGUCGCAACGUCACAACCGAUAAUUGGUACACCAGUAUACCCUUAGCUGAAGCAUUGCUGCAAAAAGGUUUAACAACCGUCGGAAAAAUCAGGAAGAACAAGAAAUAA